CCCCCUCCCCCUCCCCCCCCCUCCCCCCCCCCCCCCCUCCCCCUCCCUUCCCCCCCUCCCCACCCCCCUCCCCCCUCCCCCUCUCCCCCCCCUCCCCCUCCCCCCCCCCUCCCUCUUCCCCUCCACCCCCCCCCCUCUUCCCCCCCCCCUGUCUCCCCCUCCCCGCCCCUCCCCCCCCCUUUCCCCCCUCCCUUUCCCCCUCCCCCCCUUGCCCCCCCCCCCCCCCCCCCCCCCUCCCCCCUCCCCCCCUCACCCCCCCCCCCCCCCCCUCUUUCCCCUUCCCCCCCCCCCUCCUCCCCUUCCCCCCCCCUUCCCCCCCGCCCCGUUUUCCUCCCCCCCCCCCCCCCCCCCCCCCCCCCUUCCCCCCCUUCCCCUUUCCCUCCUCUUCCUCCUCCGCCCCCCUUUCCUCCCCCCCCUUCUUCCUUCCCCACCCUUUCCCCCCCCCCCUCCCCCCCCCCCCCCCCCCCCCACCCCCCCCCCCCCCCGGGUCCCGCCCCCCCCCCCCCCUCUUCACCCCCCCCCCCCCCCCCUUCCCCCCCCCCCCCCCCCCCCCUCCCACCCCCCCCCCCCCCCCCCCACCCCCCCCCCCCCCCCCAUCCCCCCUCCCCACCGCCCCCCUCUCCCCCCCGCUCCCCCCCCCCCCCCCCCCCCCCCCCCCCCCCGUUCCCCCCACCCCCCCUUCCACCCCCCCCCCCUUCUCCCCCCCCCCCUCCCCCUCCACCCACCCUCCCUUCCCCCCCCCCCCCCCCCCCCCCCCCCCCACCCUUCCCCCCGCCCCCCCCCCCCCUUCAUUCCCCUCCCCCUCCUCCCCCACCCCCC